UAUAUAAAAAUGGCUGAUGAACAGGCAAAGGCAGAGCGCGAGCGCAUAUUCAAGCGUUUUGACUUGAAUGGCGAUGGCAAGAUCUCUGCAGCGGAGCUCGGAGACUGCUUGAAGACACUCGGCUCAGUCACGCCAGAGGAGAUUAAACGAAUGAUGUCAGAGAUUGAUACCGAUGGCGAUGGUUACAUUUCUUUUGAGGAGUUCACAGACUUCGCCAAGGCAAACAGUGGCCUCAUGAAAGAUGUUGCCAAGAUAUUCUGAUAUAUCUUCUAUCUAUCUAUGCUGCUGACCAUGUGAGAGCCACAUUUUGAUAGCAAUCCAACUGAAGAUCAUUUCUUUCUUUCUUAGUUAAAAGUGUUUCCUUUUUUAUCUUUCAAAGUUAUCUCAUGUACCAAAUAUGCAACUCCAUAAAUUUAGAGUAUCUAUGAAACUCCUAGCAUGGCCAAAGCUAAGUGAC